AUGCGGGAUAUAUCCCACUACUUUACAGUGCAGCUUUUUGACCUUGGCAUCCCUUCAAUUAUUGCUUCUUCAAGGCCAAAUGCAUUAUCAGGUUUUGAGAUUUAUCUACCACAACCACCGCAGCAUCCGAAGAAAAGGCACUUCUUAGUUCAGCUUCUGAGCCUGGACUUCUCUCGGCCACCUUGGAGAAAAGGCGAAGCGCAUUCCACUCGUGAACGUGAAUCUUCAUAUUUCUCCAUGGGUUCUCACUACAAAGGAAACCCCGAUUACCUGCCCCCAAAGGGAGAUGGCCCGUACGUGAUCAAACCCAUAUCGCUUGAUAUCAUAUGGGGACGCAGCCAUUGGCAAUUACCUCAAAGUGAAAAUGACCCAGCGGAGGUUCAAGGGGUGAAUUGGUUUGAAGUGAGCGGUUCAAUCGAGCUCAAUAAACUAAGUCCUGGGAAAAAUAAGAUCAGCUUCACUGUUAGCUUGAAACCGAAUGCGUACGGUUGGUCCGACAGCCCUGUAUACGUGAUGGCCAAGAUUGGGAGGAACGGCUUUAAUUGGAAGGGCGCUGAGCUGAGUGGUAGGGAUCCGGAUGUCCAAUUUCACAUCCCAGAUCAAGAUCACACUUUUGAACUGACGGACGCAGACAUAGAAUCCAACGAGAGGUUGAACUUCGGCCUUUAUGAAAUAUGGCGAGGAAGCGGGAAGAGUGGCCUAGUUAUCCAUGAAGUGGUCAUCUCACCCCUAUGAAAUAAUAGUGGUUGAUCACCUCUCUUUCCCUCCCUCUCUCACUGCAGAAUAAGGAUUUGGGUUUGGUUGUUUGAUAUAUGGAUUGGAACAUCGUUAGUAAGAUUGUGUGGCUCACAUGGUACAUUCUCAUUAUAUCACGGAUGGCUAGAGAAGGAUCGGUCCUUCAUGAUGAAUGGUUUGGAUGCUUUGGAAGUGGUUGUAAUGGUCGAUGAAUUAAUUUCAGCUUA